AUGUGUGCUGUGCAGUCACACAUUACAUCGAUUGAUUUAGUUUGAAUGAGCUUUACCAUGCAUGAUGCUCGUUUCAAUGAUAGACAGCCUUCUGUCCUUUUGGCGGGGCAGUGGAGAAAAAAAUGUCACUGUCCGCCAUAAAUAGUCCCUCAGAAGGAGUGUCGGCCGACCCCAGCCUCACUGCUCAUUGCCAUUCCCUCCGGGGACAGUCAGUGUCGGGCAGCUAUGGGCGAAUCACGCGCAAUGCCAGUUAUUACCAUUCACGGACCCCAACCUGGCUGACAUCAUUGCGUCUGGCGAGAUCUAGAUCCGUAGUACCUCCUCCUUUCUCCUCUCAUCCAUUUGGAGCAGCCUGUGUGUAGUCAGUGGCACUUAAUCACAGAGCGCACCGAGGCAGGAGGCGGACCGUCGGGCUUGAACGAAAUAGUAACGUUGAACCGGAGAGGCAGCAGUGUGCGGGACAACGCAGACACAGGAGCUAUCCAGAGGACGUGUCCAGCAGUUUUUCCCCUCCUGUAUCUUCCACUGGGAAGCAAUUGGUGCAGUUUUAUCUCCGUUCCGACUCUUCCGUUUAGGUCGUCUCUACCGCGUCCGACUUGUGCCAUGUUGGAGAUGUCCAAAAAAAGACCAGCCGAGCCGGAGUCCCGGGUAAAACAGCCAGCCGCACUGGGCAACAUGACUCGCCUCCCUUGUUUCUCACCGGAGUCUGUAGAAUGAAGACGGCUUAAAAAAAAAGAAAAGAAAAAAAAGCGCGCAAAGAUGUCGGUGCCUUUGCUGAAAAUUGGCGUCGUGCUCAGCACCAUGGCGAUGAUUACCAACUGGAUGUCGCAGACCCUCCCCUCACUGGUGGGGCUCAAUACUACCAAGCUCACGGCUGCUCAGGGAGGGUACCCAGACCGGAGCACAGGAGUGUUGCCAGCGAACCCAGAGGAAUCGUGGCAGGUGUACAGUUCAGCCCAGGAUAGUGAGGGGAGGUGUGUCUGCACUGUGGUGGCGCCCCAGCAGUCCAUGUGUUCACGGGAUGCCCGCACCAAACAACUAAGGCAGCUGUUAGAGAAGGUCCAGAACAUGACCCAGUCCAUCCAGGUCCUGGACCAGCGAACCCAGAGAGACCUGCAGUAUGUGGAGAAGAUGGAGGUCCAGCUCCGUGGCCUGGAGACCAAGUUCAGGCAGGUGGAGGAGAACCACAAGCAGAACAUCGCCAAGCAAUACAAGGCCAUAAAAGCGAAAAUGGAGGAUAUUAGACCGUUGAUACCAGUGUUGGAGGAGUACAAAGCCGAUGCCAAAUUGGUAUUGCAGUUUAAGGAGGAGGUCCAGAAUCUGACGUCAGUUCUAAGCGAACUUCAGGAGGAGAUGGGGGCCUAUGACUACGAGGAGCUCCACAACAGAGUGUCAAAUCUUGAGGAGAGACUCCGAGCAUGCAUGCAAAAAUUAGCAUGUGGCAAGCUGACAGGCAUCAGUGAUCCCAUCACCAUCAAGACGUCUGGAUCCAGGUUCGGUUCCUGGAUGACCGACCCUCUGGCUCCUGAAGGAGAUACGCGGGUCUGGUACAUGGAUGGCUACCACAACAACCGCUUCGUGCGGGAGUACAAGUCAAUGCAGGACUUCAUGACGUCAGACAACUUCACUUCCCACCGGCUGCCCCACCCAUGGUCGGGAACAGGUCAGGUGGUCUACAAUGGCUCCAUCUACUUCAACAAGUUCCAGAGCCAUGUCAUCAUCAAGUUUGAUUUCCGCACCUCUUCCAUCAGCAAGUCCCGGCAACUCGACUAUGCCGGCUUCAACAAUGCGUAUCACUACGCCUGGGGCGGCCACUCUGACAUCGACCUGAUGGUGGACGAGGGAGGCCUGUGGGCUGUCUAUGCCACCAACCAGAACGCCGGCAACAUUGUCCUCAGCAAGCUGAACCCCAACACACUGCAGAUCAUCAAGAGCUGGACCACCAACCACCCCAAAAGGAGUGCCGGCGAGUCUUUUAUGAUCUGCGGCACGCUCUAUGUCACCAAUGGCUACUCAGGAGGCACUAAGGUGUACUACGCCUACUCCACUAACUCCUCUACUUACGAGUACAUCGACAUUGCCUUCCAGAAUAAGUACUCGCAUAUCUCCAUGCUGGACUACAACCCGCGUGACCGAGCCCUCUACGCCUGGAACAAUGGCCACCAGGUCCUCUACAAUGUCACACUGUUCCACGUUAUCCGCUCAGAAGAGCUGUAACCACGGAAAAUGGAUUACAUACAUAAAUACAUAUUGUCUGUGUAGAGAGCUCCCCAUAUAGCCUACAAGAAUAUAUCUGCGAAAGAAAAAAAAGACUCUAUAGCAAGAUCAUUCUAUUUAUAUUAUCAAAUAACUUUUACUGAGAGACGGCAUCAGCAGUGAAUGCAACUUGGAUUUGAAUGUGAAUAUACAUGACACUGAAAACUAAAUCAAAAAUUGAAGGGUUUCAUUCCAAAAUGUGAUAUAUUUUAACCGAAAAUAAAUGCUUUAUCAGUUAAUAUCACAGGUGAUUGUUAAUAAAAAAAACAGAACUGUUUUGUAAAUAAAAGGUCUUAAUAUAACUAAUAGUUAACCCUAGUAGACUUUAUUUUAAUAGUUGCCAUCAUUUUGGAGGUAUUUUAUUUUGGAAUGAAACUCUUUAAUUGUUUGCAGAAUAGAAAAUGAUUGUAAAAGUAGACAAAUUAUAUCAGAUUAAAAAAUAAUAAUAAUAACAGAUGCCAAAAAAAGAACUCAUCACGCCUUUUUUUUAUAUCAUGGAUAUAUCGUGUGGCUCCAGUUCUACUGUAGAAAUCCUCCCGGCUGAACUUUUCUUUUGGUCAUUGGGGGUCCUGAAACCAAGACUGUUGAUAAUAAACUGUUGGAUCCCCAGGCCCCAUGGACAGACAGAAAAGUGGAGGGUUACUCUAGUCAGAAGACCUGAUAGCCUAAUGGGUGCGGUCAGUCUUAUCAUUUUUAUCAAGAACAGUAGCAAAUCAAAAGUCUGUAGAGAAACUACUAUAAGGACAUCCACUAAAAGACCUGAAGGCACUGACUGUUGACAGCGCUGUUGUUUGAGAUGAUUUUUUCCGUGUUAGUGACUUUGUGUGAAAAAGCCUUUCUUUGCAUGAGUGUUUUCUAUCACUCCGGUCUGCUCUUCUGAAUGUCUUUUGCUGUUAACUAUUUAAAAAUGAGGGGGGGAUGGGGAACAAGGUAGAAUACCUUUGGGAUUUGAGGAAAUGCAAAAAAAAAAAGAUUUUCCUGGUUGGGUUCUUGUUUUAUUAAUUUAUUUUUUCUUUGCAAUAGUUUUCUUUUUCAACUGUUCUUGUAUCAUUGUAACUGUUGGCACCGGUUUUGCCUCUCUGUAUUUGUUUAUUUGGACUGUGUGGGAUGAAUCUAUCUAGCACAUAUUGCUACAAAGGAAAAAAGAAGAAGAAAAAAACAGAAUGUAUCGAGUAUUUUAUCCUGGGAACCUGGUCCUCCGAUCUUCAGUUCACAUCAUGUGACUGUAGUAGGGAGUUUUGUUUUCUUUUUUUAUAGAGGAUAAUCCUGUCUUAUGUCAUGCCCCCCACCCCACUGCUAGUGAAAGAUAAUGCUGUUUAAAUGUUUACCCUCGCAGAGGACAAAAGCUUUUCACCCUUUUUGUGCUUUGCUGGAUGUGUUGUAUCUGAGAUGAGAUAGUUAAUGAUUCGUGUCAAUAAAACAGAGAAAACUGA